UUCUUUGGACCUUCGUUCUUUGUAAGUAGAUACCACAUCCCAGGCCUGGGAAUCCAGGUCGCUUUCACUGUCUGCAGGAGCGACAGGCGGACACCAGGACACCCAGAGGCUGGAAAUGGUGCGUGGGACCAGGCAUCCCAGAUGGAUGGGAGUGACGAGCGGGAGUCAGUGAGCUUUGAAGAUGUGGCCGUGACGUUCACGCAGGAGGAGUGGGCUGUGCUGGAUCCAUCCCAGAAGGAGCUGUACAAAGAUGUGAUGCAGGAAACCCUGAGGAACCUGGCCUCUCUAGGAAACAAGUCAGACAAACUGAUGGUUGUCAAUGAGUAUGAAAAUCUCUGGAGCAAACUAAGCAGCCACCUGGUGGAGAAAUUCUGUGACUAUAAUGAAAGUCACAAGUGCACAGAAAUCUUCUGCUGCGAUCCAGGGCACUCUGUGAGCUUGAAAUCUUGUCCAGGACUUGCUACAUUUGAAAAGAAUAUCUGUGAAGAAGGUAGAAUUGGCCAUUCAUCUCUGGGUGUGCCACUGAACCAUCCAGUAGGACAUAAACCUAAUGAAGGCUGGGAACAUGAACAGACCUUGUAUAAACCUAAGACGUUUGGGAGCAGCUCCACUUCGCCUCAGUCCCUUCAGAUGCAUAAAAGCACUCACACUGGAGAGAAACCUUCCAAAAAUAAGGACUAUAAAGAAGACCGUCCUUGCCUCAGAUCUGAUCAGAGGUAUGAAGAACGUGACUGUGUACAAAAAUCUUACGUGUGCAAGGAAUGUGGGAAAGACUUCACCAAUCCUAGUUCUUUACACAGACAUGAAAAGAUUCACAGUGCAAAAAAGCCCUACGUGUGUGAACUGUGUGGGAAAAGCUUCACACGGUUGGUCUACCUUUCAAGACAUAAGAUGAAUCCAACUUGCAAGAAGGCUUUUCUGUGUAAUCAUUGUGGGAAAACUUAUAGUACUUCUGCUACCCUUCAGAGACAUACAAAAAUUCACAGUGGUGUGAAACCCUAUGUAUGUAAGCAGUGUGGGAAGGCCUUCCUUGUUGCCCGUUACCUUAAAUCGCACGAACUCACUCACACUCGGGAAAAAUCGUACGUGUGUAAGCAGUGUGGGAAAGCCUUUCCGUUGUGGAGUCAGUGUCAGAAGCACAAAAUAACUCACAGUGGUGUGAAUCCCUAUGUUUGUAAGCAGUGUGGGAAAGGCUUCCCUUACUUCACGUCCCUACAGUCACACGAGAGAAUUCACACCGGUGAGAAGCCCUACGUGUGUAAGCACUGUGGGAAAAGCUUUGCUCAUUUUGGUAACCAUAGAAGACAUGAAAGAAUUCACACUAGUGAGAGACCCUAUGUGUGCAAGCAAUGUGGGAAACCUUUCAAUGACUAUGGUUCCUUUCAAUUACAUAAUAGAAUGCACACUGGAGAGAAACCCUACCAGUGUAAGCAGUGCGGGAAGGAUUUAGCUUCUUCUUCCUCCCUUCAAAGCCACGAAAGGAACCACUGUGGAGAGAAGCCCUAUGCGUGUGUGCAGUGCGGGAAAGCUUUCAGUUUUAAGAGCUCUCUUCGGAAACAUAAAAUAAUGCAUAGUGAAGAAAAACCCUAUGUGUGUAAGCAAUGUGGCAAAGCCUUUCGGCAUUUUUAUUUGCUUCGAGUACAUGAACGAGUCCACAGCGACGAGAGGCCGUAUCAGUGUAAGCAGUGUGGCAAAGCUUUUCAUUAUUCUUAUUACCUUAAAAAACACGAACGAAUCCACAGCAGUGAGAGGCCAUAUCAGUGUAAGCAAUGUGGAAAAGCUUUUUGUUAUUCUAAUUAUCUUAAAAGGCAUGAGAAGAGAGUCCACAGCAGUGACAGACCCCAUCAGUGUAAGCAGUGUGGAAAAGCCUUCCGGUCUUCUGAUCAGGUUGAAAAGCAUGAACGUGUCCACACUAAAGUCAGACCUAAUAAAUGUAAGAUGUGUGGAAAAGGCUUUAUAUUUCCUGGCCAGCUUCAUGCUUGUGACAGACCUUAUAUAUGUAAGCAAUGUGGGAAAGAAUUUCUGUUUCCAUAUCGGCUGCGAAGACAUGUGGUAAUUCAUAGUAGAACAAAGAAGAAGGGUGUUUUAAGUAAUGUGAAAAACUCAUCCCUUGGUUAGCUCUCACGGAAAUCAAACCACAUGAGAAUUAAACAGGUUAUGUUACAAUGUGGGAAUAUGGCAAGCAAGUCAUAAAGGAGAAAAUCUACUCUUUUUCUUUAAAUUUUUUUUUAGAUUUUAUUUAUUGUUAUAUUUAAGUACACUGUAGCUGUCUUCAGACACUCCAGAACAGGGCAUCAGAUCUGAUUACGGAUGGUUGUGAGCCAUCAUAUGGUUGCUGGGAUUUGAACUCAGGACCUUUGGAAGAGCAGUCAGUGAUCUUAACCGCUGAGCCAUCUCUCCAGCCCAAAUCUACUCUUUGAUCAAUGUGGCUUUUAGUAUUAAACGUUCCCUUCAAACCUCUGGAGAAAAGCUACAAGCUACGUGAUAAAGUCUUCUGAGAUCUCCUUGUGGAGAAGAUGUGAAAUAUCUCACACCAGAGAGAAAUCCUUAUACAUGCUCUGUGGAAAGCCUUUAGUUCUUAAGAGGCCCCCAUUCGACACUGAAGUAGUCAUUGUGGAGGGAAACCCUUCGUAUAUGUGUGGUGGUUUGAAUAAGAAUGCCCCCCCCCCACAUAUAUUUGAAUGUUUAGUUAGCAGAGAGUAGAACUGUUUGAAAUGAUUAGAAGGACUGGGAGGUAUCACCUUGUUGGACUAGAAGUAACCUUCUUGGAGGAAUUGUGUCACUAGGGGUAGGCUUUGAGAAUUCAAAAGCCUACUCCAGAUUCACUCUGCCACCCUCUCUUUUUCUGUGUCUGUGGAUUAGGAUAUAGCUUUCAGCUACUGCUCAGGAUCCAUGCUCCCAGCCAUGAUGAAAGUGUAAGCCAGCCCCCAUUAAAUGCUUUGUCAUUUUUCAUGG